AUGUCUCAGUGGGUGGAGUUACAGCUCAACAAGUCACACCAGAGCUCAGAGCUCCUCAGAGUCCCUAAACAGUUCUGGACUGAGAGUGUGUGUCAGACUGUGGAGAUCCACCAGACUCCCUCUGAUCUCCUCAGCAGAGAUGGAGAUACUGUGCAGCUCGUCUGCACCCACGACCAGACUGACUACAGAGUGAUGCUCUGGUACUUCCAGAAACCAGGGGACACAGCGCUCACACUCAUUGGAUAUAUUAACUACCAGAGUCCCACAUAUGAGGAUUCAUACGGAAAAUAUUUUACAAUGACGGGUGAUUUCAGUGGGAGUGGAACCAAGAAUGGCUCAUUGUCUAUUAGAAGCCUGUCUCUGUCAGAAGAUAGUGCAGUUUAUUACUGUGCUGCUAGACAAGCACAGUACUGCAGAUCCCCUCUGUUCUCUACAAAAACCCUCCUCUCCUACAGGAGUGGUUUGUGUCACAGAGUGAAACACCUGCAUCUGAAGUCUGAAUUAGAUCCAGCAACAUCAUAUCAGUACAGUCAGAUGACAUCACUUCCUGUUCAUGCUCCAACUCCACAAAGUGAUGCUAAGUCUUCAGUUGAUCCUCAAGUCUCAGCACUGAUGGUAACCAUGAUCAGACUUCUCAUUGUCUUCUCUGUUCCUUUGUUCUGGAUCACAGGAGUGUCACUCAGUCAAGAGGUGAACCAGACUCCCUCUACUCUCCUGGGGAAGCCAGAAGAGAAAAUCCAACUGAGCUGCAGUCAUAACAUUCCAAGUUACUACACUAUACUCUGGUACCAGCGCUCAGUGGGAGACACUGCUCUGAAACUAAUAGGGUGGAGCUACAGCUCAACAAGUCCUCCAGCACCAGGCUGGGGGUGAAGUCUUGUUCUGGAUCACACCAGAGCUCAGAGCUCCUCAGAGUCCAUGAACAUUUCUGGACUGGGAGUCAACAUGAUCACAUGUCUCAUACUCACUGUGAUUUUCUUCAUCCUGACGGGUAAAUGUUAUAUAUUCCUCUCU